AUGUCUCAAACUCAAGGUAUGUUGACUUUGAGGCAACUACCAACAAGGAGUUUGCUUUUAAUUUGUUUUUUGAUUUUAGUGGAAGAACGGACAUUAUUGUCGACAGAAUGGCACUAUUCAGGCUCUGCGGGCCUUCCUUUGAGUAAAGACGAUGGCUCCGAGAAUCGGAAGAUCCUGAAGAAUGGUGCUCAGAGGACUCAUCGGAUUUUGAAUGAAGAUGAGUUAAGUCAAGGGAAGCAAGCUCGAUGGCUUGAGAUGGAAGUUCACGGUGAGAUCUUACUUUUUUAAUAUUAUACUUGAAGUCUUGUUAAUUCCAAAUUUUGAAUUAAUUUUUUUUUAAUUUAGGGUCAAUUCGGGUAAUCGGCAAGGCGAUCUUGGAAAUGCGGCAUUUGACUGCCCUCUUCCUAGAUCAUAAUUACUUGAUUUCAAUCCCCCGGGAGAUCCCUUGUCUCAACCAUUUGACCAUCCUUGAUGUCAGUCACAACAAUCUGACUUCAAUUCCUCCCGAGAUGGGUGAAAUGGCCAGUCUUCUACAUUUGAACAUCUCUAAUAACCAGCUGACAAGUUUGCCUCCUGAGCUAGGGAAAUUGUUUAGGAUAAAGACCUUGAGUAAGUUAACAUUUUUUUCUCCCAUUGUCGAUGGUUUCAGUUUUCUAUGCAAAUAUCGUUUUAGAUGUAGCCGGCAACCCACUACCUCAAGAUCUUUUGAAUUACGGGCAUAGUCCUCAAGGGUCCAAGAAGUUACUUCAAUUUUUGUUGGAUAGUCUAGCUAGUGAGUUGGCCUUUCUCAUUUUUAUUUUCUGUGUUUAGCCAAUACCAAACCUCCACCGGCGAGAAAAUGGUAUACGAUUCAACAUCCUAGUAGCGACAAGCCUGUUGGUACGUUUUUAAUGAGAGUUGUGAAAAUAUUUUCUUCAAUUUUCAGCCGAGUUCACUGUAUUUUGUUACAACGUCCUCUGUGAUAAGUACGCUACAACGAACUUGUAUUCCUACUGUCCAUCCUGGGCGCUCAACUGGGAAUAUCGAAAGAAUGCCAUUAUAAAGGAGAUUCUUCGAUACGAUGCUGAUAUCGUGGCACUGCAGGAAGUUGAAGCUGAACAAUUCAAAGUUUUGUUCGAGCCAAGUCUGAAGGAACAUGGAUAUGAUGGGAUUUUUGCUCCGAAGUCAAGAGCCAAAACCAUGAAUGCGGACGAUCGGAAACACGUGGAUGGAUGCUCUUUGUUCUGGAAAUCAUCAAAGUAAUUUAUAUUAUACAUGACAAAAAAAAAUUUUUUUGUUCUGUUUAUAUAUUGCAAUUUUAGAUUCCGAAUGAACCAUCAACAUCUAGUUGAAUUUGCCCAAGUCGCCAUCAACAAGGCAUACAAGAGUGACGCCAUUAUUAAUCGGGUAAUGCCCAAGGAUAACAUUGCUUUGAUGGCUAUAAUGGAAGUCCUCCCAGGAAUUUACCGAUCAAAGGACGGGCCUCCGUCCUUCCUUGACAGCUCCCCAGACACCGCAGGAAGUCCAGAAGUGGAUUCGGAAGACAGUGUAGUCGGAACUCCAUUGGUUUUGUGUGCUGCUCAUAUCCAUUGGGACCCCGAAUUCUGUGAUGUGAAGUUGAUCCAAUCGAUGAUGUUGGUACACGAAUGUGCAAGACAGAUUGAGGCUGUAGCUGAAAAGAGCAAAGUCCCAUUACCGGUGAGGAUUUACAGUUAAUUUAUAAAAUAUAUUUCUUAUAUAUUUUAUUAUGAUUAUUGUUCCUUCAGGAAGUUCCUCUGAUAAUUUGCGGUGAUUUCAACUCCCUGCCGGACUCGGGUGUGAUCGAAUAUCUGACCCGAGGCAUCAUCCACAAAGAACAUCCCGACCUAAAGUCCUUCCGGAAUGAUAUGGUCCUCAAUGGAAUCAACACCAACGACUACGCGGAACUCAACUACACCCAUGCUCUGCAAUUGGAAAGUGCCAUCAGUCCCGAACAUAUCUCCAAUACGAAUAUUACCCUUGACUUUAAGGGAAUGAUCGAUUACAUCUUCACAUCUCCUCAAUCCUUGAACAAAGUCGGGUAUCUGGGUGGAAUGGAUCAGACCUGGAUCAGCGAGAACAAAAUCCUCGGCUUCCCCCAUCCCCAUGUGCCUUCGGAUCAUAUCCCCAUCAUGGCCCAGUACAUUCUUCUUCCCCAACGUCAUCGCCGCCCAACUCCCUCGCUGCAACGCUUCAGGCGACGCUCGGAGAGUUUCACUCGGGACAUUGAGAAGGCGCGGACGUAA